UGUCUGGGCAAGCCUGAUUUGGUGCAGCGUGACGACGACAAAGAGGAAGUGGUCAAGGAGAGACUGGACGUCUACAAGAGGGAAACUGCGCCUCUCAUCGACUUCUAUGACAAACAAGUGGGCGACCCCCCAUCCACGAAUGGCUGUUCUGUUGCGCUCCCCGUCACUCUCUCUGGACGGGUGUCUGUUUGUCUCGUUCUCCUUCAUUGCAGAGAUUGCUGCUCAACUUUGACGUAUACAAGGGCGUAAAGGACCUUCCCAAGCUGCAAGAGCUGAUCGAGAAGGAACUCGGCAGAUUGAUGUGA